AUGCGUCUUUUACGACGUAGCGAUACUGGCGAGUUCAACCUCACUGAGCACUUUGGCAACGAUACAAUCCCUCCAUAUGCGAUACUUUCGCACACAUGGGGAGCGGAUACCGAGGAAGUCACCUUCCAAGACUUGACAAACGGCACUGGCAAGGAUAAGCCUGGCUAUGAGAAGAUCCGGUUCUGUGGAGAACAAGCUAGACAAGAUGACUUGCAAUACUUCUGGAUUGACACCUGUUGCAUCGACAAAAGCAGUAGUGCUGAGCUCACCGAGGCUAUCAACUCUAUGUACACCUGGUAUCGCAAGUCGGCCGUGUGCUAUGCCUACCUGAGCGAUGUCGAGCAUAACCGCAAGGAGACCGGUAUCAUCGACGGCUAUCUCGAGAGUCGAUGGUGGACAAGAGCAUGGACACUUCAAGAACUAAUCGCACCGAAUCAUGUUGUUCUCUUUGAUAAACAUUGGAGUCGCAUAGGGACCAAAACAGAACUCACCUUCUCGAUAUCGGUGAAGACUGGUAUUGAUGAAGAUGUGCUUCGGGAUCCCUAUGCCAUCUUCAAUAAGAGUGUAGCACAGCGCAUGUCGUGGGCAUCGAAAAGGCAAGCCAAGCGUAUCGAAGAUGUCUCCUAUUCCCUCCUCGGAAUCUUCGAUCUCAGUAUGGCCCUGAUUUAUGGUGAGGGUCGAAGAGCAUUUACACGACUUCAGCAAGAAAUCCUGAAAGUCACAGGAGACCAGUCAUUAUUUGCUCAUUGCUUCUCGCCACACACAGUGCAGGAGCUUAGAGAACGAGGCGAUCCAGACAUUCUCUUACCGAUGUUUGCGGAAAGUCCCAUGGACUUCAAAGAUUCUGGUCGUAUCGUUUCGUGCAACCAAUACUCGCAUCAGACAGGAGUUUCAGUCACCGACAUUGGAAUUCACCUGAGAAUGCAAUUGGUAUCCCCCCCUGAUGACUGCUACUUGGGUCUUAUUCCUCGUGAUUGCUGGAUUGGUUUGAUCCCAUGUGCGUACCAGCAUAGGCCUGAAAUGAUCACAGGUAUUCUUCUGCGACGGUGGACCCAUGACAAUCGGUAUCGGCGAGUUACUCCAGGGUCGAACGUCGGAACGUUUCUUGUUCAUUGCAAAGACGCUGUCGAUGCGCGGCACGAAGAUAUCGUCAUCGACUAUGCUCAAAGCGAGCUUCGCCUCAUGCUGCCGGGGAGAAACUCAACAAUUUUCACCAGAAGCAUUAUUGUCAAGAGGAACUUCACUUUUCCUACGUGGAAAUUCGCAGGAUCCGAGCCAAAUGGGGUGUGGGAUGUCGCCACCAGCACCCUGCACAUUGUUGGCCAAAGGGAACCGGGCGUGCACUGUGUUGUCUUAGCCUUCGAAUACGAAGGGAGGGUACUGUGCGUUUAUGUGAAGCUAUCCAUUUCACCCACCGCCAUAACAGAAAAAGUCGAACUUUAUAGCAUGUCGGCCGAAAACUAUACAGUUUGGCUCGCGCUGGAAUACGUGCUAAGAGGAAAACAAGCCGAUCAUUCACGGAACCAACUUGCUGUAGACAUUCAAGCGUCAGUCAGUUCGCAGAAGGUCUUCAAUCAUAUCAUCACGCGUUUGGAGUUGGCGCCCAAGAAAAGAGACGAGCGUCUAGAGGGGGGGAUGCAGGAUAAUGACGGCGACAAGAACCAAGAUCGACACCUUGAAGAGUAA